AUGGGCCAGUCUAGUUCCAAAUCAAGCCAGCCGUCCAGGCCGUGCAAAUCCACCUCACAUGCACUCGCAUAUCCACCCAACGUCUACACAUCUUCUCCCGCACCAGUCCCAGUACGGCACAACUUCCACCUUCGUCCCGCAGGCUCGCAGCAGCAGUUCCGUCAUAACCCCCCGGCACACUUCCAACAUCCCCCGCUCACGGCUUCACAUCCCCCGCACAAGGAAGUGCAGUCCCAAUAUGAUUCCCGCCGGCCUCGGAAGCAGAACGGCUUCGACAUCAGCCGCCUCUCCGAAUCCUUGAUCGACUUCGCGCUGGAUCUGAUGCCCUCUAGUAGUGCCCCCGCGCGCCGAAAACAAUCAUCAUCAUCCUCCUCCUCCUCCUCCUCCGCCAACGUUGCUAGCCCCGCAUACGACGACAUCAAGCACCGUUUCGACAAUGUCAUGACACUGAUUGAUUCCGAGAGCCUGUCAGGCCACGAGAGGAAUUUAUACAUUUGUCAGGAACCGGUUCCUCAAAACAGUCUCGUCCAGUACAGACCUCAACACCAACUUCAGCAUCUCCCACGCGAUGCAUCUCACUCUCAACCAUGGCGGCCGACCCACGACAAGUACGCCGGUCGAGCCCUGGGGUUCAGAGAAACACACCCCAUUGAACAGCGGGAAAAGGGACAGCCGUCACGAACCGCCCACACGGCCGCCGCCGCCGUGUCAGGCAAUUACUUCUCCAAGGUGGAGCUGUAUGCCAACUCCAAGCUGCCCAUGGACCUCCCCCGGCUUCGCCUACACAUGCCGGCGUGGCCCCUCCUCUGCCUCGCCGCCCAGUACUCCCACCGCGUCUACAACAGCCCCGAGGCCGACGAGCUCAACACGCACAUUCCCUCGUCGCUGCGCAACAACACCAAAGCAAUGCGCAUCAAGUCCGUCUCCAUGGACCACGCCAACGCCAUCGUCUUCGCCAUCCGCGGCACCGCCUCCUUCUCCGACUGGGCCGUCAACCUCAACAUGGCGCCCUCGCCGCCCACAGACUUCCUCGACGACGAGGGCAACUCCUGCCACGCGGGCUUCCUCUCCGUCGCCCGCAAGACGGUCAAGCCCGUCGCCGCCCGGCUGCGACAGCUGCUGGAGGAGAACCCCAGACGAGCGGGCUACUCGCUCCUGCUGACGGGCCACUCGGCCGGCGGCGCCGUCGCGGCCCUCCUGUACAGCCACAUGCUGAGCAGCACGGACAGCGAGCUGGCCCGGCUCGCAGUCUGCUUCCGGCGCAUCCACUGCGUCACGUUCGGCGCCCCGCCCGUCAGCCUGCUGCCGCUCAAGACGCCCAAGCGGCGAGACCUCCGGAAGAGCCUGUUCCUAAGCGUCGUCAACGAGGGCGACCCCGUGGCGCGCGCCUCAAAGUCGUACGUCCGCUCCCUCGUCGCGCUGCUCGCCAACCCGCCGCCCCCGCCGCCCGCGGACGCGGACGCCGACCCGGCGCGCCCCCGGCCGCAGUGGAAAGUGCCCCCCUCGAGACUCAGCAACGCCGGCAGCAUCGUCGUCCUGCGCGCCGCCCACCCGCGCACCCGCACCCCCGUGGCGGAGCACAAGACGGUCCGGCAGAGGCUGGACGAGGGCGUCGUGGCCGUCACAUGCAAGGAGCACCAGCUGCGAGGCGUGGUAUGGGGCGAUCCCGUCGCCCACAUGAUGAGCCUGUACGCCGGGAGGAUCGAGCUCCUGGCCGUCGCGGCAGUCACGGGGAACAGGAGGUGA